AUGAAGGUCUCUGUGGCUGCCCUCGCUGUUCUCAUCGCUGCCUUCUGCUACCAGACCUCCGCUGCGCCAAUUGGCUCCGACCCGCCGACCUCCUGCUGCUUCACCUACGCCUCCCGGCAGCUGCCCCGCAGCUUCGUGGUGGAGUACUACGAGACCAACAGCCUGUGCUCCCAGCCAGCCAUCGUGGGCCGUGAAGUCUGCACCAACCCCGAGCAGGACUGGGUCCAGCAGUACGUGAACGAGCUGGAGCUGAACUGA